AUGGCAGUGUUACCGCCAUUCAAUUUCCUCACCCUCCAUUACGCAUAUUUCAUUGCCACACCGCUGAUUUGCAGUAUAAUCUUCUGGGGUUCCGCGACUCCCUCACGAAGCGUUCAUUAUGCAGAUGCGCUUUUCUUAUGCGUCAGUGCCAUGACUGGUGCUGGAUUGAACACGGUGGACCUCUCAUCCUUAAACACGUUCCAACAGUCCAUCAUUUUUGCGCUACUGAUCCUAGGACAUGCCAUUCUGAUCUCAAUCACGGUCCUAUUUGUGCGCAAGAGAGCGUUCCAGCUCAAAUUCAAGACCAUUUCAGAAAGUUCUGCCGCAAGAAAUUUUUUCGGGCAGUCCACUCUUUGUUUCCUGAAGCCUGCCGGGAAGACCAAAACACACGCUUCGCAGCCGGAAGAACCCCAUAGUCCUGAGGGCUCUCAUGUGUCCGCCAUGGAAAAUGCCCCGUUAGAAUAUUCCAAUGCGGUCGACAAUGACCAUAUUCGAUGGGGCAAUGACGACCAAAUCACUAUUGGCUAUAUUCAGCCACGCCAUCAUCAUCACCACAGAGUCUUCCCCAUGGCAGGAGUGGGCGCUCGACUCGACUUGAAUAACCAUCCGAGAGAUGUAGCUCCCACUGUACCUUUGGACGGAGAGCCAGACGAGAUCCCACGAUUGAAGGGGAUUCUAAGAGAUACGCAGAAAUAUUUCGCCUCAAAAGGCUUCAUCUCACGGAAUUCCCAGUUUCAUGGUCUUACACUUGAGGAACGUGAGAAACUGGGCGGUGUCGAGUACAAGGCAGUUUCCUUCUUGUCGGUCAUCGUUCUGCUAUACUGGGCGACGUUCCUGAUCAUCGGCAUUGUGGGGGUCGGCGGCUGGCUGGAAGUAAACCAUCCAGAGAUUCCUCGGGCAAAUGGCCUGUCGCCGUUCUGGACUGGGGCUUUCUUUGCUGUUUCUGCGUUUGUCAACAGUGGAAUGUCCCUUUUGGAUGCGAACAUGACCGCUCUGCAAACAAAUGCGUACCCACUUCUUACAAUGGGCAUGUUGAUUCUUGCAGGGAAUACUCUCUACCCCUGCUUUUUACGAUUUAUCAUCUGGACUAUGAGACGCUUGAUGGCGAAUCGGCCAUCAUGGGAGACCUGGAAGGUCACUUUGGAUUUUAUCCUCGACCAUCCCAGAAGGGUUUACACUAAUCUCUUCCCUGUCCGCCAUACAUGGUACCUGCUAGGGACCAUCAUCAUCUUGAAUGGAAUCGACUGGGCCGGUUUCGAGGUUCUGGCGAUAGGAAAUAAAGAAAUAGAGACACUGCCGGCAGGCUAUCGCAUCUUAGAUGGUCUGUUCCAGGCUUUGGCUGUGCGCUCUGGAGGGUUCUAUGUUGUAACUAUCUCCGAAUUGCGUCAGGGACUACUUGUGCUAUACGUUCUCAUGAUGGUCAGUUUUGUGGUCGUUCUAACCUGUCCAAAUACCCGGCUAACCACUCUGCAGUACGUCUCGGCGUUCCCAGUAUUGGUGACCAUGAGAAACACCAAUGUCUACGAAGAGCGCUCCCUAGGCAUUUACGCCUCGGACGAACCUCUCGACGCACACGGCAGCCAAUCCCCCAAUAUUGUCAUGAGCCUAAUCCGACAUCACCUCCUCGGGAGCCAGGAUGUCUCAACGGUCGAGUGCUCGCGCAGCUACUUCGUCCACCAACAGCUCCGCUCCCAACUCAGUCAUGACGUCUGGUGGAUCGCCCUCGCAGUCUUGUUCAUUGCCAUUGCCGAGUCGCCGCACUACUCCGAGAAUCCAGUCGCCUACUCGACCUUUAACAUUAUCUUCGAGGUAGUCUCCGCGUACGGCUGCGUCGGCAUCAGCGUCGGCUUUCCAGGCAAAAAUUACUCGUUCUGCGGGUCGUGGCAUACCAUCAGCAAGCUGAUUCUGGCGGCUGUUACACUGCGGGGACGGCACAGAGGUCUUCCUGUUGCGAUUGAUCAGGCAGUAAUGCUGCCGAAUGAGUCGCUCGCUUGGGCAGAAGAGGAAGAUGCUGUUCUGAGGCGUGAGCAGACACGUACGUAUGGAAGUGACAAGAUGCCAGUUGGGACGGUUUAG